CAUUUCAAACCGGAAACCAACUGUUUUUUUUUCAAUUUUAUUUAUUAAAUUCAACAUUCUCUCUCUAAAUGGAGUGGAAGAGGGGUCCGGUGAUCGGCCGCGGCUCCACCGCCGCAGUUUCGCUCGCCACCACCGCCUCCGGCGACCUCUUCGCCGUCAAAUCAGCGGAGCUCUCUUCCUCCACCUCCUUGCGCAACGAGCAGGCUCUGAUUUCUCAGCUCUGCUCUCCCUUCAUAGUGAAAUGCUUCGGCUCCGAAAUCGCGCGGGAGAGAGACGAGUUCGUCUUCAAUUUCUUCCUCGAGUACGUCUCCGGCGGCACGCUCUCCGAUCUGAUCAGAAGCAAUGGCGGCUCUCUCGAUGAAAUCACGAUCCGAUUCUACGCGGAUCAGAUCGCCAGGGGGCUCGAUUACCUCCACCGCGUCGGAAUCGUGCACUGCGAUGUGAAAGGGGAGAAUCUCCUGAUCGCCGGCGACGGCGCGCUGAAAAUCGCCGAUUUCGGAUGCGCGAAGCUCUCCGCCGCCGCCGGCGGCGGAUUCGCCGGAACGCCGGCGUAUAUGUCGCCGGAGGCGGCGCGCGGCGAGGAGCAGGGGUUUCCGGCGGACGUGUGGGCGAUGGGGUGCACGAUCGUCGAGAUGGCGACCGGAGCGAAUCCGUGGCCGGGGAUGAGGGAUCCGGCGGCGGCGCUGUACAGAGUGGGGUACUCCGGCGACUCGCCGGCGAUCCCGGGGUGGCUCUCCGGCGAGGCGAGGGAUUUCGUGGCGAAGUGCCUCGUGCGGGACCCCGAGGAGCGGUGGACGGCCGCGGAGCUGCUAGGGCACCCGUUCCUCGCCUCUGCCGCGGCGGAGGCGAGCAACGGGGUUCGGAAAUCGACGAAGAGAUCGCCGACGAGUGUGAUGGAUCAGUGCUUUUGGGAUGAAUUGGAGGUUCCGGAUUGUGCGUCAGAUCCGACGGAGAGUCCUUCGGCUUCGGACUCUCCGGCCGGGAGGAUCGGGUGCUUGAUCGGGGACGGAUUGAAUUUCGAUUACUCGGCGGCCGCGGCGGAGGAGGGCUGGAUAACGGUGAGGGACAAUGGGAUGGGAACUGAAGGGGUUGUUGAAUUGAAUUAUGAAGAAUUGAUGAAUGGAGAUAGUUUAAUGGAGGGUUUAAUUGAAGUUGAGGAUUCAUUGUUUCAUUCAAAUUGGGAUGAAAUUAGUAGUAGCAAUAUUGAUGUUAGUAGUUUAGAAUAUAUUCUUGGUGAUAGUGAUGUACAUGAUUCUGUACCAAUAAGUGUUGCUUUGGAAAGAAUGGUUAUGAAGGAUUUUUGUGAUUCAAAUCAACUUUUUAAUGUUCUCUCUUUGUGUUUUCAUUUUCCUUUCUCUUAUAGUACUCUAUAUUACUGCAAUCUUCUCGUGAUUCAUAUCAACUUUUUAAUGCUACUGAUUGCUACCUCUUUUUGUGUUUUCAUUUUCAACUUUAGGAAAACAAGCAAUUUUUAUAGUGUGAACAAGUACAUAUUUUAUUUGUAA